GACCAUCCAUAGAUUCUAAACUUGAACGUUGCUGGUCGACAACCAUAAUUUUGCGCUCUCAACGUGUGGCGGGAAUCCUGCUAUGAAACGAGAAGUGUUCGCACACCCCUAAAAAUCUAUGCUGAUAAUAAGCAUUUGCCAAUAAUAGCAUUAAUGGCUGGGUUAUCUAUUGAGCAACUUAUUGCUAAAAAAAAGGAUAUUGAAACUGAAAUACAAUUCAAUAGCAAUAUACUUUCUAAAAAUGGUGUUGGGAUGUCUGAAGACUUGAUUGAUUCUGAAGGAUUUCCUCGAGCAGAUUUAGAUGUAGGUCUAAUUCGCAAUGCUAGAGUCAAAAUAAUUUAUCUUCGAAAUGAUUUAAAAAACCUUAUGGAAGAAAUUGAGGAAAAACUUCAUGAAAUACACCAGAAUUACAGAAGCAAUAAAGAUUUAAUGGAGAAGGAAAUAAGUACUCCAAAGCUUCACCCAUUUUUGGUUGUCAAUAGAGUUGAUGAAGGUUCUCCAGCUGAAGUUGCUGGGCUCAAGUUGAAUGAUUUAAUUACGCAGUUUGGUUCCAUUACCAAGACAAAUUUUACAGGGCUUCAAGCAAUUGGAGCUCUUGUUGAAAAUAGUGAACAAAAAGAAAUAGUUGUCUGUAUUGAAAGAAAUAAUACACCAAUAAAGCUAAGUCUUAAACCAGCUGUUUGGAGUGGGAAAGGUUUACUUGGAUGUAACGUGCUACCAGUGAAAUAAAAGGUUUAGAUGUAACGUGCUACCAGUGAAAUAAAAGGUUUAGAUGUAACGUCCUACCAGUGAAAUAAAAGGUUUAGGGUGCUGCUAAAGUUUUAACGCAUCAACAAAUAAAAUGAGAAAAUAAUAAAAAGUGUGUGAAAGAAAAAAAAUGUUAAUGAACUGAGAGAAAGAAAUAAAAUUUUAUGUAAAAAAUAUUAUUUAUCUUUUAAUGAUUUUUUUUCUUUUAAUCUUAAUAAGUGCACUUUAAAGCAAUUUUUUUUUUUUCAUUUUCUGUUUGGUCAUUCUUUGUAUUAUGUUUAGUUACAAAUAUAUUAAUAUUUAAA